AGGGAGACAGAAACACUGAACAAGGCCCGUCAACUGGUGUUCAGUAAUGACUUAGCACCAAAUCACUUGGCCUCCCCACCGCCACUGCCACCUCAGCGUCUCUUGUCUUUCCAUUCCCAUUCCCAUUACCCACCGCCACUUCCACCAGCACCGGCAAGUGAUUUCUUUCUAGGGCACGUCCUUUCGGAGGGCAAUUACACUUGCAUCGGAGCUCCAGUGGGCCAAGACGGAGGAGGAAGCACGGAAGGUGUUAGGGAUGUUACUUUAAACGCUACUCAUCAAGGACUGAUGAGCUGGGGCAGG